AUGGACGCUUCAGCAAUGGAUCAGAACGGCAUCGCGUUCAUGCACGGUCUACCGCAAGGACCUCCUCUUGUCAAUCAGCCACCGAGAAUCUUUGGGAACUACGACAUGGAUGCCACCCAGAUGCCCCCCUCCCUCUCUGGCAACAUGUUCAACGAAGAUGAUCUGAACUACGAGGGCGGUGAUCAAGGUGAUUCCAAGAGGAGGAGAAUAGCUCGCGCCUGCGACCAAUGCAGGAGAAAGAAGAUCAAGUGCGACGGCAAACAGCCGUCGUGUACGCAUUGCCAAAAUUACAAAACAGAAUGCGUCUUUACGCAAGUGGAGAAGAAGAGGCAACCACCCAAGGGUGCCAAGUAUAUCGAAGGUCUCGAGAACCGCCUAGGUCGUAUGGAAUCACUUUUGCGCCUUUCCGGUCUGCUCUCUGAAGAAGACGACGGACGCACAGACCUGGGCACAUUGGAAAAGCGUCUCGUUGAGAAGGCAAAGAGCAGUACUACUACAAAACAGUCGAGCGAGAAAUCUCCAAAAGUCACUUCACCAGGAGGAGAAGACGAGUCUCUAACUGAUGCGCGACCCAGCUCAAGUGAAGGCAUGCAAGAAACCUCCAAGACAGCUUCUAAGCCGCCCUCAGUGGCAAGCCCAAAAAGCACCGUCACAUCACCUCAGCCAGGUAGAGCGAAGUCUGUGCAGGAACAAACGCCACAACCGGAGACAGAGCGGAAAGAAGAAGAGGUGGAAGCUCUCUCAGACAUGAUGUGCUCGCUUGUGACGAAUAAUUGUGGCGAGACGAGAUACAUCGGUUCAUCUUCAGGUUUCUCCAUCUUCUCUCCGAAGGGCAUACAAUGGGUGAAUGAAAAGACGGGGGACGCGUCCUUCCAGGAGAUGAUUUCAACUGCUUCUAUCGAGGAUAAUAAGUGGAUUCAUUGGAAACCAGACGUGUUCCGCGACAUCUUCGACCGAAAAGUCUACAAACAAUUACCACCGAAACAUGAAGCUUUGUCGCUGCUGAAGGAUUUCUUCGAAAACUUCAACUGCAUGUUCCCAUUAUUCCAUGAGCCCACCUUUAUGCACUUGGUGGACAAGCAUUAUGAACGCGACCCCUAUGAAGGCUCUGGUUGGUGGGCAAGUUUUAAUGUGGCUCUGGCUAUCGCUCACAGACUCCGCGUCAUGAGCAAUCUUGUUCCCCAGGAAGAAGACCAGAAAGCUUGGGGCUAUCUCAAGAACGCCAUGGCAGUUCAGUCGGAACUAACGAUCCGCAAUACUGACUUGCUCAGCGUCCAAGCACUCCUUGGUAUGGCUCUGUUCUUGAUGGGAACACCCAAUCCGCAGCCGUCAUUCUUCCUAGUUGCCGCUGCGAUUCGCCUGUCGCACAGCAUUGGCCUGCAUAAGCGAGGCUCCGGGUUUAACCUCAGCCCUGGCGAGAUCGAGCAACGGAAGCGGGUGUUUUGGAUAGCGUACAUGCUCGACCGCGAUAUAUGUCUACGAUCUGGACGACCUCCAAUCCAGGAUGACGAUGACAUGAAUGUUGAACUGCCAAGUGAAGACCCGCCAGACAACAUUGGCAACAUUCCAUUAGCCGACGGCAAAGGCAAAGUCAACCUCUUCAGGUUGAUGUGCACGUUUGCUGUAAUCGAGAGCAAAGUGUACAGAGGCUUAUAUUCCUGCAAGGCCGCUAAGCAGUCUGAUGGAGAGCUACUGAACACGAUUGGCGAACUUGAUAGAGAGUUGGAAGACUGGAAAGACGGGAUACCUAUGGAUUUCCGUCCAGAGCAUGAGAUCAAAGCUGCUCACACGCCGCUCGUCCUACAUGUUGUCGUACUGCAUUUCUCGUACUACAACUGCCUUACCACCAUCCACCGCAUGUCCGUCCACCACGGCUACUGGACCAGUAGACUGUCUAAUUUCGCAAUUCAAGGACUGAACGCUAGACCACUAAACCCAAGAGUCUUCUCAUCAGCUACACUCUGUGUGCAAGCUGCUCGAGCAUCGAUACAUCUGAUUAAAUACGUACCUGCAGGAGACUUCUCCUGCGUCUGGCUAAUCAUCUACUUUCCCGUGUCCGCUCUCGUCACGCUGUUCGCCAACAUCCUUCAAAAUCCACAAGACACCCGCACACGCUCAGACCUCAAACUCAUGAACAGCGUCGUCAGCUUCCUGUCAAAGCUCUCGUACGAGUCCGACUCAAGCGUGAAGCGCAUGCUAAGCGUGUGCGCCGAAUUUGAACGCAUUGCCAAGGUUGUUUGCGAAAAAGCUGAUCGAGAAACCUCAUCACGACGCAAGAGGAAGAAUCACGUAGACAAAGACGCAUCUAAAAAUGGCUCCGCACCACCGCAUCUUGACGUGCCACGCCCGCACGUUACGCCGCAAAAUAACGAGAGAAGGCAGUCGCAAGGCUUCAACACACCUGUGACGCCAGUGAAUGGGAACGGAUUUGGGCCGAGUGGGCCGGGCAUGACGCCCGGUGCGUACUCGGACACGUCGGACCCGCCAUUCCCUUUCUCCCCCAACUUUACCCACAACUCUCUACAUGGCUGGGGCGCCGAUAUCAACGGCGACAGCAACAUGGGCAACAUGCCAUCUUCUUCUGAUAUGCCUCCAUCAUCUUUUAUGACCAACGGUAACGGCACUAAUGGCGCAAACUACUCACCCAACACGCCUGGUACCGGUCCUGGUGGUAUGGAUAUGGGCAAUUCGUUCCAGCAACCAUUUGUACCACAGGAGUUGUGGCAGAUGCCCAUGACGCUCGAGUGGGACUGGGCAGACAUGCAGGGCGAAGGCGGCUUUGACGGCAUAGGCAUGACCGGGGUACUUAAUGGUAAUAGUAACGGCGAAAAUGGGACGCACUAA